UCCUAAGAGAGAAGAUGAGACAUCUCAGGGAGCAUUUUGCGCUCGAAAAAAAAGACUUACGCGAUAUGAUAUCGGAUUUGAAGCUGAAGCUAGCGCAGGCGGAGGAAGACGUUAGCUGCCCGGCGAUAUAUCGUUUAAGGGCAAAGUUGCGCGAGUUGAUGAAAGGCGAACCGUCGGAGCCGAAGAGGAUCGUCCAAAGAUCGAUCGACACGCUGGAUGAUCUGUCGAAGGACUGCGACGAACUGCGUUUGGAGAACGAGCGGCUUCGCGCCGAGUUGGAGGAAUUGCGUCGACAGCUGGCCAGGCCUCCAUCACCGAAGACCGUCGAGACGACGACCGUGCCGGAAUACGUGGACAUCGAUGAACUGUUGCAAAAGUUGAGCAAUUGCGAAGAUACCGUGAACGAUCUGAGGAGGCAGCUGGAAGAGAAAGACAGGAUGAUCGACGCGUUGAAGAAGGAACUGGAAGGGAUGGUCAGCCCGAAGGGUUUGCAGGAUCAGAUAGAAGCUAUGAAAACUGAACUUAAAACGAAAGAUGAUAAGAUCACGAACCUUCUAAAUACCCUGAGACAAUCGGAAAUAGAUUUGCUCGGUUUGAGUAAAAUGCAAGCUCAGUUGGAGCAACUGAAGUUAAGCGAACAGGAACGAGAUCUCGCAGUUUCGUCGCAGCUACAAGUUCUCGAAACGGAGAAGAGUCAGCUGCUGGAUGAUAUGAACAAAAUUAGAGAGGCGUUGAAGGAGAGGAACGAUCAGAUAAUAGACAUACUAGAACAGAAGAAUAAGAUGGAGGAGGAAUACAAGAACCAGUUGGCGGCGUUGCAGCAGAAGCUCGACGAGGCAUUGGCGCGUGAAGAGAAUCUAAACAAGGAGAUCGAAGAUCUGAAGGCGCAAAUAGCCAAUCUGAACGACGAGCUGGAACAGUGUAAGAAGCGGAACAUGGAGCUUGAAGAGUGUUGCCGCGACAGGGACGCCCUUUCUCAGAAGCUGAGCGCUCUGGAGGACGAGGCGGCCAGGAUGGCGUUGGAGAAGGAGCUCGAGAGUAGCCGAGAUGAGAUUGAUAAGUUGAGGCAGGAGAAUUCGAAUCUUAAAGAUCAGCUCGAGGCGGCUAGAGCGGAGAACGAUAAACUCCGCGAGGAGGUAGAGGCGGCGAAGAAGCUGGCCGAAGAGAACGAAAGAUUGAAGGCGCAGCUCGAGCAGUUGAAGAGCGAGAACGCCGAUCUCAAAGAGAAAAUGAAGAAUCUGGAGGAGUUGAAUAAGCAGCUGAAAGAGGAUUACGACAACAUGAAACGGGCGUUGGACAACUUGGAGGCAGAGAUCAACAGACUGGUGGACGAGCUGAAUAAGAUGACGCAGGAGCGUGACGCGUUAUUGGACGAAAACAACAACAUCAAGGAGCAGCUCGAGAAAGCGUUGGCGGAGAACGAUAAACUCCGCGAGGAGAUAGAAGCGGCGAAGAAGCUGGCCGAAGAGAUCGAAAGAUUGAAGGCGCAGAUCGAGCAGUUGAAGAGCGAGAACGCCGAUCUCAAGGAGAAGAUGAAGAACCUGGAAGAGUUGAAUAAACAGUUGAAGGAGGAUUACGACAACAUGAAACGGGCGUUGGACAACUUGGAGGCAGAGGUCAGCAGGCUGGCGGACGAGCUGAAUAAGAUGACGCAGGAGCGUGACGCGUUAUUGGACGAAAACAACAACAUCAAGAAGCAGCUCGAGAAGGCGUUGGCGGAGAACGAGAGUUUGAAAGCAGCACUGGACGAGGCCGGUCAACAACUCGACAAACUUAAAGCGGAGAGGGACCAGUUGCAGAAGAGCCUCGAUGCGAUGAAGCUCGAGAACGAUGCGAUGAAGCUCGAGAACGAUGCGUUGAAACGGGAUAUGAAGGCGUUAAAGGACGAGCUCGAGGAUUCGAAGAGGCAGUUGGAGGAGCUGAUAGCCUCCGGCGAUGCGUUGAGGACGACUGACAAAGAUAAGGAUGCCCAACUCCAGAAGUUAGGAGAGGAGCUAGCGAAUUUGAAAUCUGAAAAGGAUCGCUUAGGGAAAGAGAACGCUGACCUCAAGGCUAAGAAUGCGGAAUUGGAAAAAGAAUUGCAGGACGCGAUGAGCGAGGUAGAAAAAUUAAAGUCGGAGAUCGGUGAUUUACUUGCCGAGCUGGAUCGUCUGAAGAAGGAGCUGGAUCGCCUGAAGAAGGAGCUGGAGAAAGCCAGGAACGAAAUUGAUCAAUUGAAAUCCGAGAUGGGUACGUUGAAAGAAGCCCUCGAUAAGUGCGUCGAAGAGUUGCAGAAGCUUAAGGCGGAGUACGAAGGUCUCAGAGCGGAGAACGAGUCGUUAAAGGGUUCGGGAGAUAGUUUGGCCUCGGAACUGAGCCACUUGAAGGACGAGAAUUUAGCCUUGAAAAAUGAAAUGGAUCAACUGCGUAGACAGUUGGCCGACUGUAGGGCGGAGAAUGAUAAAUUGAAGAGGGAAGUCGACGAGCUGAAAGCUGAAAACGAAAAGCUCCGGGGGGAAUUGAAAGCGUGCAACGAUGAAAACGCUAAACUGAAGGACGAACUUGAAAAACUGCGCUCGCAAUUGCAGGGAUUAAACGAGGAGUUGAACAAAGUAAGGGCUCAGCUCGCGGAUUGUGAGAAUAAACUACGGACUUUGGAACCGUUGGUCGCUCAAUUGCAAAGUGAAAACGAUAAACUGCGAAAGGACCUCGCGGCGUUAGAAAAGGAGGCGAGCGAUUUACGAGCGCGACUAGACAGGGAAUUGGGAGAUCGAGACAGGAUGCGAAACGAUAUGAAGAUGCUGGAGGAUCAGGUGCAGGAUCUUAACAAUAAAUUGAACGCUGCUAGAGCGGAAAAUGAUGCCCUGAAGCAGGAGAACGAAGAGCUCAAAGCGAAGUUAUCGAAUUUGGAACAGGAAUUGGCGAGCUUGAGAGCGGAGUGCGGGGACCUGAAGGCAGAAAUAGCUGAUUUGAAAAAACUAAUCGAAGAAUUGAAAGCGAAGAUCGCUCAAUUGGAAGCAGACGUGGAACACUGGAAAAUGGAGAAUUGCAAGAUUCAGAUGGAAGUAGAUAAAUUAAAAGCUGAUCUUGAAAAAGCGAGGAAGGAUUUGAAUGAUUGCCUGGCUGCGAAGAAAGCAUUGGAGGAACAGUUGAACCGUUUGAAAAACGAAAAGGCCGAGCUUGAUAAGAAACUCGCUGAUUUAGCGGCACAACUUGAAGAGCAAAAGAAAGCUUUCGAAGCAGAGAGAUCGGCCAAAGCCAAGGGUGAUUCAGAGUUGGCGGCCUUGAAGGCCGAACUCGAUGCAUUGAAGAAGGAAUUAGAAAAGUUAAGAGCAGAAAACGGUAAAUACAGAAACGAGCUGGACGAUUUAGAAAGACAACUAGCAGCUUUGAAGAAUGAACUGCAAGCGUGCAAAGAUGAGCUUGCUGCGUUGAGAGACGCGAAUAACGCAUUACGGGCCGAGUUGGAAAAUCUAAAGAACUUGAAGAACGAAUUCGACAAGUUGAAGGCUGAGUUUGACGCUCUAAAAGCGGAAAAUGAGAAACUUUUACAAGAUAAAAAGAAGUUGGAAGAUGAUAACGGCAAAUUGAGGGGCGAAGGCGACGGUCAAAGGGCGGAGAUCGACAAACUGAAGGGGGACCUGGCCGCGGAGAAAGCAGCUGCCGAGAAAUUGAGAGCAGAUCUAAAAAAUUGUCAGGAUGAGAACGAUAGACUGCAAGCGCAAUUAAACGAGAUGAAGAAAGACUUGGAUAACUUGAAGAGUGAGAAUGAACGCAUGAAGAAUGAGCUUGCCGAAUUGAGGAAGGCGCUUGCUGCGGCCGAGGCCAAGCUGAAAUCUUUGGAAGAUGAAUUUGCGAAACUGCGAGCCGAGAAAGAGGAGUUGCUGAACGAACUCAAACGUCUCCGCGACGAGUUGAAUAAUUUGAAGAACGAAUUGGAGAAAGAAAGAGCGGCGAAAGACGCGGCCCUGAAGGAAUUGGCUGACUUGAAGGCAGAAUUAGGCAAUUUGAGAGCGGCGUUAGACAAGGCCAACGCCGAGAACGAAGCGCUGAUGAAUGAGAACAAGAAGUUGAAAGCGGAUCUGGCGGACUUGAAUAAACAAGUCGAAGCGCUGAAGAAAGAAAACGCGGACUUGAAGAAAGAAAACGAACGCUUGAAGAAAGAGAAUGCAGACCUCGCGGCAGAUCUGGCUGACACGAAGGAUAAACUGGCAGACGCAGAGAAGAGACUGAAGGACUUGGAGAAUCAGAACGAUUAUUUGAAGAGUCGUAUCGCCGAUCUUGAGGAUGCCAUGAAAGAGCUCGAUGCUUUAAGAAAACAACUGGAAGAUGCUAACAAAGAAUUGGCCAGAUUGAGACCAGAGCUUGACAAGCUGAGGGCGGAGAACGCGAGGCUGCAAAAGGAGGCGAAUAAAUUGAAGAAUGAUUUGGAUAAAUUGAAAAAUGAUUUGGAUAAAUUGAAGAGAGAUUACAAUAAUGUGUUGUCCGAAUUGACUAAACUGAAGGAGGAGAAAGAGAAACAGAAGGAACGCGAUGCGGCGUUGUUGAAAGAAUUGGAGAAUCUGAGGAAAGAGAACGAGGAGUUGAAAGAUAGGAACGCCAAGCUGAAGAGUCAGUUAUACGAUUGCCAGGCGGAACUUGAAAGGUUGCGCAAGGAAUUGGAAGCCUUGGAGAGCGAAUACGCCAAGCUGAAAGAUAAGAAAGUGGAGGUGAAGGAGACAGAAGUGGACAAAGAUAUUCUGGAUGAAUGCGGCGACUUCAUUAAGGCGAAUGAAUUAUUGGGGAAGAAAUUUGAAAGGCAGAACGAAGGUGUCCAGCGUGUUCGCGAUUACAUUCAAUACCUGGAAGGUAAAGGAGAAGAACCUCAGUUGGCGGAUCAGUUGGACGAGGAACCAGAAAUUGAUCCAGAACUGAGAAAAGAGAUUGCAGACUUGUUCGAAAAAUCUCAGGAGCUCUCUAAAAAUAUUUAUGAGACAGAACAGGAUAUACAAAAGCUUGCUGAUCUACUGAAAGGAGCUGGAGCUUUCGAUCCGGACUCCUGGCUAAAUUCGUUGACUCUUACACAAUUGGCGGAGCUCCACGAUAAGAUUUGCGUAUUGACAUCGGGCAUGGUGCAAAAAGACACCCAAGCGGUGACGUGCGAUCGAGCCGCAGCGGCUGACGGCUCGUUAAACGCAGAUUGGAAUAUUUUAAACAAGCGGAUAGCCGCUUUGCAGAAGCAGAUAGCGCAGAAGCAAAUAGAAGCCGACUGGAAGCUGCAAGAGCUGAGACGGGCUCUUCGAACUGAGCAGGCUAACUUGAUUCGAAUCUCCGACGAAAUGAAUUUAGAGAGAAAACGCAAUUUGAACCUUCAGUUCAGCAUGGAUGAGUCGCUCUAAUACAGUUUUCCUUUAACCUCGUUCGACGUCCCGUUACCUCUUCAGGACAUUUCACGGAUGAGAGGAAUGUAAUUCCACCCCCGCCCUCCCUCCUCUUAACCGAGGAAUCUAUAAAGAGCUCGAGGAUCAACAGGCUGAACGGCGAAACUGCGCGAAUUAAGAACGCUGAUCUUCAAAUUGAGUUAACUAUGAUUUCACUUACCUGUUCUUUGUCCAAUGUUGUAGCGAACACCGAUGUAAGUACCGUGAAAAUAAAAA